AUGGAUGACACAUACCUUUAAUAUUCACAUGCUUGUGAUGUGUCUGCCAGUGAUGAUUGUGUGUCUAAAUAUCUCUGUGCGCUAGCUCAAACCCGUACACGUAACACUUGGAGUCCGUUGAGAAUCAUCCAUUAUAUCUUUCAAGGAUCGCGUGAAAGGCAGCAUUGAAUUGUUGAAUGUGCGACGGUGCUUGGAAUCUUUUUAUAUCUAUGAAAACUCGCAGACUGAACGGAACCUGACAUCUCUGCAGUCCUCUCUCUAAUCUCCGGCUGGGAAGUGUUCUGGCGCGCGGCUCUCCGUCCGUUACGCGAGUGAUGAGCGGCGCUGCGCGCUCGGUGAGGAAGGGCAUCUCCUGUCCGACGCUGGACCCGAACUGCACGCGCAUCGUGGAGAGCCUCUCCUCGUGGAACAACUCCGUGAUGAGCGCGUACAGGCUGGUUGACUUACCCCCCACGACCACAUCUGUUGCCAUGGUGGAAGAAUCCGUUUACCCUUUCCCAACAGUGGACGUGCCUGAUCAUGCUCAUUACACUAUUGGUGCGGUCAUCCUUGCUGUUGGCAUUACUGGCAUGUUGGGCAACUUCCUGGUCAUCUAUGCAUUUAGCAGGAGUCGGACCCUGAGGACACCUGCCAACUUGUUCAUAAUAAACCUUGCUAUCACAGACUUCCUCAUGUGUGCCACCCAGGCACCCAUCUUUUUUACCACCAGCAUGCAUAAAAGAUGGAUCUUUGGGGAAAAAGGUUGCGAGUUGUAUGCAUUCUGUGGGGCUUUAUUUGGCAUCUGCUCCAUGAUCACGCUCAUGGUCAUCGCUGUGGAUCGAUACUUCGUGAUCACGCGGCCGCUAGCCUCCAUCGGUGUGUUGUCUCAGAAGAGAGCUCUGCUGAUUCUUCUGAUAGCUUGGGCUUAUUCACUUGGCUGGAGCCUGCCACCCUUCUUUGGCUGGAGUGCUUAUGUUCCUGAAGGUCUGCUGACCUCUUGCACCUGGGAUUAUAUGACCUUCACACCCUCUGUGCGAGCUUACACCAUGCUCCUCUUCAUCUUCGUCUUCUUCAUUCCACUCAUCGUCAUCAUCUAUUGCUAUUUCUUUAUUUUCCGAUCCAUUCGCAGCACUAAUGAAGCUGUAGGCAAAAUUAACGGGGAUAACAAGAGAGACUCAAUGAAACGAUUUCAACGGCUGAAAAAUGAAUGGAAGAUGGCGAAAAUUGCUCUUAUUGUCAUUCUCAUGUAUGUCAUCUCCUGGUCGCCGUAUUCGACUGUGGCACUGACAGCUUUUGCUGGGUAUUCUGAUAUGCUCACUCCGUAUAUGAAUUCAGUCCCUGCUGUGAUAGCCAAAGCUUCAGCAAUCCACAAUCCCAUCAUCUACGCCAUCACACACCCCAAAUACAGGUUGGCCAUAGCGAAGUACAUUCCGUUUCUUCGCGUGUUGUUGUGCAUCCCCAAGCGUGACCUUCACUCGCUCCACAGCAGCUUUAUGUCCACGCGUCGUUCCACCGUCACAAGCCAGUCCUCUGAUAUGUCAGGACAGUUUCGCAGAACCAGCACCGGCAAGUCCCGGCUCUCCUCAGCCUCCGACAGCGAAUCUGGCUGGACGGAUACCGAGGCCGAUCUCUCGAGCAUGAGCUCCAGGCCCGCCAGCCGGCAGGUGUCUUGUGACAUCAGCAAGGACACGGCAGAGAUGCCAGACUUCAAACCUUGUAACUCAUCCAGCUUCAAGUCAAAGCUCAAAAGCCACGACUCGGGCAUCUUUGAAAAGAGUUCCUCUGAUGUGGAAGAUGUGUCUGUGGUUGGACUCGUUCAGCCGGACCGUACUAACCCUUUAGCUGCUGGUGACGGUGCGGACGCGCCAAUUUCAAGAGGUGCGAUCGGUCGGAUUCCCAGUAUUGUCAUCACCUCCGAGUCUAGCUCUUUCCUGCCCUCGGUUCGGCCCAGCUACAGAAGCAGCCGCUCAAGUGCGCAUCCCCCCCGGAGAGACUCUCGUGGAGGAGUCCAGCAGGGGGCAGUGCAUCUGUCCACUGCCGCUGAAACACCCGAGUCCGUUCGCUUACUAGACAACCCUCGCCCGCAGUAUCUUUAGUGCUUACAGUUAUAACUUUUCCCUCGCGGUCUCAAUCUAACCUUCAAGCUUUGUGUUGGGGUUUGGUGUUUUUGUGAGUUAUCCUGUUCUGUGGUUUAUACCUUUAGUAAGGGGAACGUGAAAUGAAGACAAACCCUGAGAAGACUGAUCAGUGCUCUGUAUCACAGAAUGUAAAGUAUGAAAGUCAUACAUUGGUGUCUUUUACGUGUGGUGACUCAACUCUUACAUGGUGUCCAGCAUCUCCUCUGUUUUAAGGAAACAUUUAAGAGACAGUGAAUGGAGAGAAAGGGCACCUCAGAAAAAUAUUUUAGUCUGUCAUCAGUGUCAAAUGACAUACACAGGUAAUAUCAGCUUACUUAGGAUUUUUUUUGUGUGUUUGCUUUAGUAUUAAGCUUUAAAUGUUAGUGUUUCUUGUAUAUUAUAAAUGUAAUUUUGAACUUUUUGACCAUUUUUAUUAUGUAAUUUCACCAGAUAAGUAUUUUACUAUCUUUAUUCAAAGCAAGACUUAACCUGAAUGUUUUGCUUAAGAAGAUCGUCUUAAGACUGCAUUAUGUUUGUUUUGCUAAAAUGUUUGCUUCCACAGAACUUCAAGGUAUAAAGCCAGAAUCUGAUCUUCACACUUAAAGCUACAUGAUGUAACUAUAUAUAUAUAAACAAGUGUGAUAAAAAAAAAAGUGCGGGGAAGAGGGUAAAAUGCAUCUUUCUUUACCUCAAAACACUUUGAUAAACCUUUAAUACUGAUUUAUAAUUUAGACAAGAAAUCAUAUACUUGUGUUCUUCUCCUGUGUUAAUCAUGUCAUAUAUCAACUAGCUCUGGUGUUGUGAGCGUUUUUUCUAAAGUUUGUCAGCACAAAUGAAAAAAAUUACCAAAAAAAAAAACUGUAUUAAAAACAAAGGAACCUAUAUAUAUAUUAUAUAUAUGGUCUAGUAAGAAACUGUGUGUGUGUAGUGUAUACACCAGUGCCUAAAAUAGCAUUCAUUCGCGCAGAGGGAGGGCCGAGGCGCCAUCUUUUUACUCAUGCAGUUCUACUUUGCUACCGCUAGAGGGCCGGAAGUUAUUUAGAGCUUGUCCAAAUACCCCAAAUGAAGCAUAAAGAUAGCAAGCUUCUGUAAUUCCUCCUCCUCCUGACCUCAAGAGUUUUUGGAAAGCAUUGUAGUGAGGUUUUUUUGUCUUUUGAGUUUGACUAAAUGCAAGUGUGUGUGUGUGUGUGUGUGUGUGUGUGUGUGUGUGUGUGUGUGUGUGUGUGUGUGUGUGUGUGUGUGUGUGUGUGUAAAAUUCCUGUAAUAUUACUAACGGCCUCUGAAAGUAACAGUCUUGUGCAAUAGGACUCCAAGAACUUCAGCUUUACGAAUGUGGUAUUUAUUUUGUUAUCAUAGUUUAAAUAUGAGCUAUAUCACAUUAGAAACAAAACUUUUACUGCAAAGCAUCUGUCUAUCAUCUGUUGAAAUGAUUUAAUUGAAGGACUGAAAGAUUUCUCCAUUGCUUUGGGAAAGCACACGAGCAGAGACUCAUCAUUAUCUCUCUAAAUCACAGACAGAGCCACUUCGUGUCAUACAUGCUGCGUGUGUUUCCAUGAAUGCCUGAUGAAUAUCGAUCCCCCUCCGCAGCCGUGUCGUUUUUGCUGUUCUUCAUGUUUCGCAUUCACUUUAGAGUACGCGAUUAUAUUCAGCUGUUAAUGUUUUGAAGAGUUAUGUUGCCUUUGUGCUCGGUGACUGGAUGUAACACGGAAGUGACGGUGGCUGCUCUUCUAGAUGGCUCUGGAAGACACGGUUUAGCAAAUAAAUAUUGUGGCGCUCUUAAGAGUUACCUAGUUUUAGCUUGUUCUUCGGUGGUUCGUUUGUAAACAAAAGAGAUAUUUAUAUGUCCAUAUGAC